AUGGCUGCCAAACGCCCCAACUUCCUGGUCAUGGUCGCCGACGACCUGGGCUUCUCCGACGUCGGAUGCUUUGGAAGCGAGAUCCGCACUCCCAACAUCGACAAGAUUGCCAAUGGCGGUGUGCGCUUCACUGAUUUCCACGCUGCUGCUGCGUGCUCUCCCACCCGUGCUAUGAUCAUGACUGGCACCGACCAUCACAUCGCAGGCCUGGGCAACCUCAUCGAAUGGACCAACAUCAGCGGCCAGAACGGGCCCAAGGGCUCGGCGAUGAGCACCGCUCCCCAGCGCGGUAUGCCCGGCUACGAGGGCUAUCUCAACGAGCGUGUCGUCGCCCUGCCCGAGCUGCUGCGUGAUGCGGGCUAUCACACGCUGAUGUCUGGCAAAUGGCACCUCGGCCUUACCCCCGAGCGCACCCCCAACAAGCGCGGCUUUGAGCGCUCGUUUGCCCAUUUGCCAGCUUGCUCGAAUCACUAUGCCUUUGAGCCGCAGCUGCGAGACAACGACGACACCCCGACUUUUAUUGAAGCUAGCUAUAUUGCUCUCCACUCGGAAGAUGACCACUAUAUCAAGCAGCUGCCCGAGGGCUGGUACUCGUCUAAUGGGUACGGCGACAAGAUGGUCAACUACCUCAAGGACUGGCACAGCUCCGAGUCCGACAAGGAACGUCCUUUCUUCGCAUAUCUGCCGUUUACUGCCCCGCACUGGCCUCUGCAGGCGCCGCGCGAGUAUAUCGAGCACUACCGCGGCGUCUACGACGAAGGGCCUGAUGUGCUCCGCGAGAAGCGUCUGCAGAGACUCAAGGACCUCGGCAUGAUUAAGGAAGAUGUCAAGCCGCACCCGGUCGUGGCCGAGGAGGUCAAGGAGUGGAAAGACUACACCGAGGACGAGAAGAAGAAAUCGUGCACCGCGAUGGAAGUCUUUGCCGGUAUGGUUGAGUGCAUCGACGCCAACGUGGGCAAGGUUGUCGACUACCUCGAGAGCAUCGGCGAGCUCGACAACACUUUUGUCUGUUUCAUGUCCGACAAUGGCGCCGAGGGCGCCGCCUACGAAGCAUAUCCGCUCGUCAAGAGCGGCGUGCUACCACAUCUUCAAAAGUACUAUGAUAACAGCAUCGAAAAUCUGGGUAACUACAACUCGUUCAUCUGGUACGGCCCACGCUGGGCCCAGGCCGCAACCGCGCCCUCGCGACUGUACAAGGCUUAUACAACCGAAGGAGGCGUGCGCGUGCCCUUUGUAGCGCGCUUCCCGCAGAAUGCCAACGUCGUCCCGUCCUCUCAGGGAAUAACCGACCAGUUCGCCACUGUCAUGGACCUGGCCCCGUCUAUUCUGGAAAUGGCCGGUGUCACGCACCCGGCACCGACAUACCAAGGGCGCGAAAUCGUUCCCAUGCGCGGCAAGAGCUUCUACCCAUGGGCAACCGGCCAGUCGGAGCGCAUCCACGCCAAGGACUUCAUCCAGGGUUGGGAAACAUGCGGCCGCGCGGCGCUGCGUUUCGGAGACUGGAAGAUUGUCUACAUCCCAAAACCGAAAGGGCCCGAACGCUGGCAGCUGUACAACCUAGACAAGGAUCCCGGCGAGGUUGACGACUUGGCCGACAGCGAGCCCGAGCGGCUGCAGCAGCUGUUGAAGCUGUGGGACCAGUACGUGCUGGAAACCGGCGUGAUCCCGCUGAACCCGGACCUGGGUGCGUUUUUGGAAGCCACCGAGGCCCAGAUGCCGGAGAAUGCGUGGAUGGAGUACGACUACUGGAAGCCCGGCGCCAGAGACGAGCCGGAGAAGUUUCAGAGAAACCCCCCGCGGUUUCAGCGGACUGUGAAGCCGUUUUAG